AAUUUGUUCAUGGACUCUUCGCCCUUUGACAUUGCCAGUACCUUCUCUCUCUCUCCUUUUCGAGGAUCUUGCUCUUUGCAGGCCUUGAAACUUUUGUGCUUUUUUUUUUUCUUUUUCCAGAGAGUUCACUUCGUUACCGUCUCUUGGGAACACUUCGGCCCAUACUUUUUACAUGCGGUCUGCAAAAGAACUUUUUAAACAUGAAUGGAAGAAAAGAGAAGGCGGUUACAAUUUGGGAAAUUCUACAAAAUUGAAAGAACGCAUUCUUGUUUUUACUUUUCGCUCAUCUUUUCUUUGCUCUUUUAUUUUUCUUCCUCGCAUUCUCCGCCUGUUUUCCGUGUUUGCCCACUUUUCACCCUCUCGGCGGCGUCCGAAACGCGUUCACGAUGAAAAGGAAGUAAGGAAGAUAUACCAAUUUGCUUUGAGGGCGUUUUGUUCUUUAUCUGAUCUUUCUCCUCCAUUUCUCUGUUGCUGUUUGCUGCCUUUGUUACGCUCUUGUCAUUUGUCAUUUGUAUUUCUCUUAGAGAGCAAAGAAAAGCGAAGCAAAAGCAUCGGCUCUUUGGAAUGUUUCUCCUUGUUUUUAUUUCCCGCUUAUUUCUCUUCUUUAUACCUAUUUGCAAGAAUGGAGUGGUUCUCUUCCAGAUCUGAUCUAAUUCCUGAUGCAAAUGCCCAAGUGAUUUGCUGUGGGCGGUUGUUCGAGUGUAGAUGUAUAUUGCGUCAAACAUUCAACCUAUUGUAUUUUGAAAGUCAUAUCAGACCUGAUGGCAAGGACCUGCAUGAAUCACUCGAGCGUAGAAUUUAGCUGGCACGGCGCCAUGAGUCUAGACUUCAGGAACUCGUUUGGCUCCCUACAAUAGAAGUAUAACUUGUAGCUCCC